CCUUUGGAAGGACGCGAGACGCCCAGUGGGUAUAAAUACUGGAGCAGAAAGCAAGAAGGGCAUAGCACUGUCUGAGCAUCAAGCAGACACCUUCUGAAAGCAAUCCUCCAACCAUGAACUCCAUUCGUUCAAUCUUUGUGGUCGCCAUUGUUAUGGCUGUGGUCUGCUCUGCCUUGGCCAUGCCUGGUGGAUUAGGCUAUGGAUUAGGCGGACUGGGUGGAGGAUUUGGCGGAUUGGGUGGAGGAUAUGGCGGAGUUACUACGAUUGUCCGUCCCGUGGUAAGCAGAGUCGUUACCGUCGGACACGGAGGAUUCGGAGGCCUUGGUGGAUUUGGAGGACUUGGAGGACUUGGAGGAUAUGGGGGACGUUAUGGUGGCUAUGGAUGGUAAUAUUUGUCAAUAAACCCCGAAUAAAAACUUAAAAAGAAUAAAAAAACAAA